AUGGAUAAAAAGUAUACAAUCAAGUAGUAUGAAUUGAAUGAAGAGUUUAAAUAGAAAGUUUAAGUGGGAGACUUCAUUUUAACCCAGACAGAUAGCUUUAUAUAUUCACUUGCUAGAUCUAUUUUAAAAAUUGAAUAUGAUCACCUAUUGGUUUUAAUAAAGGAAGAUCAAUUAUUGCACAUUGGCUGGCCUUAAAUAAGAAUAAUAAACCCUCUUUAGAUACUUAGUCAAUCUUCUAGAUAUAUUAUAUUUAGACCACCAUAUUAGGAAGGGGAGCUUCAAAAGUUCAUCAUGUAUCUUUAAACUAGUUUAAAAGCAGACUAUGAUUACUAAAAAUUAUUAUAAGGAAUGAUAAAAAAAUUAGUAAAUAAGGUUCCGACAGAUCCUGUGCCGUUUUAACCCAAUCUAAAAUCUUCUCGGGUUUGUACAGAUCUAAUUUUCUAUUGGUUAGAAGCUAGCAGUGCAAAGUUUAGAGAAUUAUUACCAAACUAUUUAGGGUAUUUGGAUUAUCCAUUAAUUGGUUCUUUCACACCAGACGAUAUAAAUACAUUAGCAAAAAUGAAUGUAUUUUUUCAAAUAAUUCAUACAAAAGAAAUAUAAAAUCCAGAAAGUACUUUAGAAAGUUUAGGAAGGAAUAUUUAGAAUAAAGGUAUCAGUAAUAUCUUUUUUGCUGAAACUCCAACUCUUAAAUAAAUAAAGAAAUUGAUCUAAUUUAUCCCCUACCCUCAAAAUUUUAUAGGAUUAAUACAAUAAUUUAUUUUUGGGUUUUAACUAAUAAAAUUGUAUCAAAUGCCAAAAAAGAAACGAAUGAAAUUGUUACUACUCUUUGUGGUUAAGAGAUACUCUAACGAUGUGUUAGAUGAAAAAAAAUAAAGAAAAAUAGUAAAAAAAUUGAUGAUUUUGGUUGAUACAAUGGAGAUCAUAAUUUCACCUUUUUAAUGGAUAAGCUAUAUAAGAUUAAUUUAGAAUAUAAUCGAGUUAUUUUUUUUCACAAAUUAAUCAGCAAAGGAUUAGGUGAUUAAAAUGAUUUUUAAAGACAUUUUUAAAUCAAAAUUAUGA